AAGGACAGUGCUAAAAUAUCCAUUAUAUAUAUAUAUUAAUAUAUAUAUACCUUCCUCAUUUCUCACCUGCCAUUUUUAGGGCUUUUCUUGAUACACUCUUGCUGCUUAACUCCAUCAAGCAGUAGCAAUUAUUAGAUGGGUCGUUCUCGCGCUCAUUUUGAUGAAGACCCAACUCAAAGAUCAAGGAGGAAAAAGAAUGCCUCUAGUGGAGAAAACAUAGAAUCUGCUCUAGGAGGUCAGGGGACAGGUGAUGGAAAGAAGGCAUUAUACCAUUGUAACUAUUGCAACAAAGAUAUCAGUGGUCGUAUACGUAUCAAGUGUGCCAUGUGUCCCGACUUUGACUUGUGCAUAGAGUGUUUUUCAGUUGGAGCUGAAGUGACUCCUCACAAAAGCAAUCACACUUACAGGGUUAUGGAUAGUUUAUCUUUUCCGCUGAUUUCUCCUGAUUGGAAUGCAGAUGAAGAGAUACUGCUCUUGGAGGGGCUUGAAAUGUACGGUCUUGGAAACUGGGCAGAGGUUGCAGAGCAUGUGGGUACUAAAAACAAAGAGCAGUGCAUUAAUCACUACAGAAGUGUAUACUUGAACUCACCAUUCUUUCCUCUCCCGGACAUGUCUCAUGUUGUUGGGAAAAAUCGGAAUGAGCUUCUUGCAAUGGCAAAGGAAAAUAGUGAAGAUAGAAAAGGAUCAACUUUAUUUGGUGAUCACAUUGUGAAAACAGAGCCUACAUUUUCCCCUUCCAGAAUCAAAGUUGAAGAAUUGCAAAAGGGAGGUCUAUCAGGCAGCCGCUUAUUGUCUGUCCAAAAUUCAGAUUCUCAGGUAAAUCCUAUUGGGAAGAAGCCUCCAAAGGAGGAAGAGUCCUCCUUGGUGAGUUUGAGCGGGUUCAGCCUCAAGCGCCGUGAAUUUGACCCGGAGUAUGAUAUCGACGCCGAGCAGCUGCUUGCAGAGAUGGAAUUCAAGGAUGCUGAUACUGAAGAUGAACGUGAAUUGAAGUUGAGAGUGCUGCGUAUUUACUCAAAAAGGCUUGAUGAGAGAAAUAGAAGAAAGGAUUUCAUCCUUGAAAGAAAUUUGCUUUAUCCUAGUCCUUUUGAGAAGGACUUGUCCCCUGAAGAGAAGACAAUAUGUCGUCGCUAUGAUCCAUUUAUGCGGUUCCAUUCUAAGGAAGAGCAUGAAGAUAUGCUACAGUCUGUCAUUGCAGAACACCGAACUCGCAAGCGAAUUCUGGAACUUGAGGAGGCUCGAGCCGCUGGUUGCCGUACAUCUGCUGAGGCAGAUAAAUACUUUGAGCUAAAGAGGAAAAGGGAAGCUGAAGCAAUUGCCCGUAGAGCAAACGAGGCUACUCAACUUGGUCCAGCCAGUCAAAUGGGUCAAAAUACUGCUAUGGCUUCUGAAGCUGGGAAAGAUCCAGUUUCGCUAAUACAUGGUCAGGGACAGGCUACUUUCAUCUCUGCUAAUGACCUAGAUAUAGGGAGAUAUCCGGGUGAAGAAUUGCUUUCUGAAGCUGAGAAACAACUCUGCCAUGAAACUAAGAUCCCCCCGCAUCUGUAUCUGAAGAUGCAGGAGACAAUAUCUGUUAAAAUCUUCAGUGGCAAUGUGACUAGUAAUUUGGACGCUCACAGCCUGUUUGAUAUUGAACCCGAAAAAAUUGACCGUAUAUAUGAUAUGCUCAUACGGAAGGGUAUUGCUCCCCCAUGAGGGAAUGAGAUCAUUUCUUCAUGCUGGGAACUUCAGAAUGCAGUACAUUCACCACAGGCUGUUUGCAACUGUUGCAAAUCAGACUUUAGAAUACAAAACUGUGCUUUCCAAGAUCACAGGGGAUGGCAACUUGACAAAUAAGCUCCAGAAAGUUAUAUUGGGGGACACAAGAUGAGAUGAUGAUGAUGAGACAUGAUUUAGAUUCCCUGUAGAAAAUAAUGUAAAAAGAAUGUGUAUAAAUGGCGCAGUGUGAGCAAUUAUCCCAAUAUUCAAUGUAUGUUUACAUAGUUAGUGUUUACAUAGAAUGGGGGACACUAGGAUGUAUUGUACUUUUUCUGAAAUUUCUCACAAUUUUGUAGCUUGUACUAGUAUGAAUCUGCCUCUUGAAUAUUAUCUCAUGAUGUGUUUCUUGUA